GCGUCGCAGAAGAACGCAAUGUUUUUUUUUCUUUUUUGUUUUCUAUGACAAUACUCCGAGCAUUUUGAACUAUAUUUUGGAAUGUAAUAUAUCCUAGACUUAUACUCUAGCUAAUGUUUGUUUUAAGUUAAUUUUUUUUUACAAAAAUUUAAAAAAGAAAAUAAUGAAAAAAAAAUAAAAAUUUCUAACCCUAUUUCAUACGUCGUGCUUCAUACAAUCGGUGUCCACCCCAUCUCCAACCCUUCGCCGCCCCUUUUUAUCCCUCAAACACCGUCCACCGUCCCCAGCCACCACCACCUCCUCCUGCCGCCGCCGACGUUCCUCAAACACCGGAUCAGCUUCAAGAAAUCAUGAGGCGGCGUCUACACGCCCAUAUGGUGCCGGUGGUUCUUAUCCCCGUCGAUCAACCUGGUUUUAUUCCGAAUUACCCCAGGUUUGAUCCAUCGUCGCUAUCACACCAGAUUGAAGACGACUAUUACUAUGACAGUUUAUUUUUCGAUGAAAACGACGAAAACCUAAUACGAUUUUUGGACGAAGAAGAAGGUGGUGGUAAUACCAUGACUUUCGGUGGUAAUAAUAUUGUUGAGCUGUCGGAGGAAACGAUGGUCGCUCAGCUGUCGGAGGAAACAAUUGUCAAGAAUCUGAGAACUAGGGCUUCUUCCAUGGAAAUCAAUGACGUAGAUUAUGAGCAAGAAGUGUGCGUUGUAUGCCUCGACGAUUUGUUUGGAGAAAACGAGAAAGUUAUCGCAACCCUCGGAUGUGGCCAUGUGUAUCAUGUCGAGUGCAUCAAGAAUUGGCUUUUGAGGAAGAACGAGUGCCCCAUGUGCAAAUCCAAGGCCCUCGUUUUCGAUUAA